AUGUGCGGGAUCAAUGAAACCGUGCUCACAGAGUUCUUCCUCCUUGGAUUCCACGAUUUGCAUAAAAUCAAGACCCUACUGUUCUGCCUGUUCCUUGUGGUCUAUCUCCUGAUAGUUACUGAAAAUUGUCUGAUCAUCACCUUGGUGUCAACAUGCCACCAUCUCAAUAUUCCCAUGUACAUUUUCCUCAGGAAUUUGGCAUUGGCCGACCUUCUGUUGACCUCUAACAUUACACCAAAAAUGCUACAUGUGACAUGGUCAGAAGGUGCCAUGAUCUCCAGAACAGCCUGCUUCGUCCAGUACUAUUUCCACUGCAUUGCAACCUAUACACAGUCAUUGAUCCUCACCUCAAUGGCGUUUGACCGAUUUCUGGCAAUCUGUUACCCCCUCCGCUACUCAUCUCUGAUGAGCCAUAAACUCUGCUUUCACCUGGCUUUCUGGCCUUGGGCCACUGGUAUCAUUCUUAUACCAAGUGAAAUAUUCUUAAUAGGCCAACUGGGCUUCUGUCGCUCCAACAUAAUUGACCAUUUCUUUUGUGAUGUUUCUCCGAUUUUGGAAAUGUCCUCUACAAAUACCUACAGAGUGGUACUUGAAGACUUUGUCCUUUCAAUUCUUCUAGCAUUUAUGCCAUUUCUGCUGGUCAUUAUAUCCUAUGUCUGUAUAUUUGUCGCUAUUAUUAAAAUCGCAUCUAAUGAUGGAAGGAGGAAAGCUUUCUCUACUUGCAGCUCCCACCUUGCUGCCGUGUGCACUUAUUACGGGCCGUUAAUUGCUAUAUACAUGUUUCCAGUUGGGGGAAACACACCCUAUGAAAAUAAGCUGAAAUCUUUAUUAUACACAGCACUGACUCCGCUAAUUAACCCAAUACUUUACAGCAUGAGAAACCAGGAGAUCAAGAAAGCAUCGCAGUUGCUGUUUUGUAAGAAAAGGACAUAA